AUGUCUCUCUUUUCAAUUGCACUAGCAACCUUCCUUGUGGCAACCAGCCAGCAAUUUGGGCUUUCGUCCACUGUGAGCUCCCAAAAAACGCCUUACGAAGAUGAUCCAAACAAUUUUGAACACCAACACGCAACUGGCCUCCUGUGUAGCAGUGACACGAUCUACGUAUUGAGUUACACAUAUACGCCACAGCCUCCAACUGAAUGCGUAUCCGUGAAAUUUACGUCGGGACUUUGUAACGGAACGUAUCAGGCUCUUGUCAGGCACCGCUUUAAGGGCUCAAAAAAAAUGUACAGCUUGAACGUAACCGUUCAUCCACUCACCUCUGGAUCACACACUGAGGACAAUGCGCUUUUCUUCACCUUUCCAAGUAUGGAACCCGACGUGCUUGUCGAGGCAAGAACGGCAACGGAAGGUGUAGGGUCGCCUGGGCCUGCCGAAAUCGGAUUGCAAGAUGAGAAGUCAGAUCCUCAGCCGCCGUUGUAUAAAUUUUUGUACAUCAACUCAGACAAGACGUGUGCUGUUCUGCGCGCAACGCAUGAAAAAUAUGGGACAGGUUGCGAAUUGUUUUCAGUAGGAGAUGGACGGGGCCCUCUUCCUGUUCCCCAGGAAUGCAUGAAUGUCUACACACAAAACUGCCCCAACACAACAUCUGAAGUAUGGAAAGACGACUGUAAAGAAGGAGACCAAUAG